CUGCGGCCCAGCCGCACCUUGUGACAGAGGUCACAUCUUUACUUUCUGCUUGUUUCCGCGACGGGGUCGCAUGUUGCAGUUAGGCCGCAAAACUUUGGUUGUUCUUCUUAUGUAGCGACAGUGUCAUAAUCUGUGUGUCGGUUGCUUGCCUUAGUUUCGUGAUUGUAUUCUGGCGGCGGUGCUGCACAUAAUUGUUUGCUGUUUUCUCAGUACGUCCUCUCAUUUUUAGUCUCGUUAGUCUUAGCUAGUCUUUCCCCUUAUUUUCUCUCUGUCUCGAUUGGUGCCUUGUUACCUCGUAAGACCUGGGGACACGGAGUCUGGGUGGACCUAAUUUGCCCAUUCAAAUGCGGCUGAUAAAGGAGAAGUCUAGCUCUGCAGGCGCCAACCGACUACUGGGAGAAAUAACAGAGUUAUGGGUAGAGUUGGUGUUGCAGCCGUCACCCUUUCCCAGCUGCAACUCACACAUCAGUACCAGGAACUCCCCAGUUGCCACCCAUACUCCCGAGUUCCAGGUGGGUUCCUUUUCAAGCAAUGGAAGGAACGAUACCUACAGCUCACUCAGGAAGGUAACCUUCUCCUGUCCCGUGACCCAGACUCUUCUGCAGACCUAGAGAUCCCUCUACUCACUCGGUGCCAAGCAAUACUGGAGGGCACUGAGUUGGGGGACAUGCCCAAGCUGCCUGUUGGGAUCCAGAGGAACAGUUGUCUUGGACUCUCUCUGAGUGAUGGGAGGACACUGAUGCUGUUGGCCCCAGAUUCGCAGGAGUGCAGCAAAUGGAUAAAUAUUCUACGGAAAGUUAAAGAGAGCCUAUCACAGCCCCCACUUUCGCCAACCAGCUGUAGGGUUCACACGCUGUCCCCCAUCCGAAGGUGCUGCUGGAGUGAUGUAUCCAGUCAAACCAAGGACAAGACUCAUGUGAAGGAAGGCAGAGCAGCUCACUGUAAGGAAAAGUGUCCACCUCGUUGCCUCCGCCAUGGUUCCCAGCUGCACUGGGGGGUGAAGACAGCAUGUGUGCUCAUGGGGGGAGCCGCUGCAGGUCCAACCCUGGGUUACAUGGUCACCUCCAGCCAUGGUGCUCGCUCAGUUGACACUGCCCCCCCGGAUUUUCGAGAGCUAGGUUACCACCCCUCAGCCGAUGUAGAGGGCUGCCAGUAUGACGUGGAUUUUGAAGGCAUGGACCAGGAUUUUAAUGGCUUAGAUUUUGGUGGAUUUGCCUUCUAAACAUCGUUUGCUGUGUAUAACUAUCCUAAAGUGAGACUGCUGUGACCUCCCGUUAAUUCAAUCCCACGAAACAUUACUCAUGAGCUUCACGUACCCUUCUUUGUCAAGGGGCAUUGGACACUAACAGAUACUUCUUACCACUGGAAAUGCUCAACAAUCAUUACAACCUAUUACUGUAUAUAACACUGCUCGCCAUCUAUGUAAAGUCCUACAGAUGGGUCCAUGGUCAUCUUGGCUAGUUUGCUGCACCUAGGCACAACAUGGUUUAUUAACAUAAACCCUUCAUCUAUUGUUCUCAGAGGCAAUACAAUACAGAGAACAAUACAGCAGGGGAUUAAGUCAUUACAGCAGGGGAUUAAGUCCGACUGCCCAGUUUCUGUUAAUCCUAUUAAAGGUCAAGAUAAACAUGGACCCAUCUGUAGAUCUCCAUUGUGUAUUAUCUCACUUGUGUUUUAUGAAAGUGUGGUGACACAUGUUGGUCUUUUUGUGAUUAUUUAACCAUUGUGGAGCAAAGUUAAUACCCUAUGUUUAUAAACUCCUUAUUUAUAGUAUUAAUAUAUGUUAGAUUGUGAAUUUUGAGCAUGAAGCCUCCUAUAACAUGGGAAUAAAAUAAUCCUCUUGAAACUUGUAGCAUCAAUUUUACAGCUUGCUUAAUAAACUGAAUUUUAUACUGAA